AUGGCAGGCGCUUCAUCGUCCCCAUCGACGUCGUCUUCUUCCUCCGAUGCUUCCCGCGGCCGCCGUCGCCGCCGCAGCCACCAUCGCCGCCAUAAAAUCGAUAGAGAGUCUCUCAAGGUGAGCAAAAAGAGCCGCCCUCGAACGAAAAAUCGUCACCGCAAGCGUCAUUCGUCAUCUUCCUCUGAAAGCUACGCCUCUUCAUCGUCCUCCGAAUCUUACAGUUCUUCGGACAGUGAACGCGAAGUAUCUCAUCAUUCAAAGAAGCAUAAACGGAGUGAUAAAUCAAAGAAGAGCAAAGGUAAAGAAAGAGGGAAAAGACAUAGCCAUAGACACCAUAAGGAGAGAGCCAAAGAGAAGCAGGAGGAGAAUGGUGGUCCUGUGCAGCUUUCUAAGUUCUUGGGAAGGGACAAAGAUGAUGGUGCUCGACGCAGUGCUGUAUCAGGGAAAAAGAUAUUGUUGAAACUUGAGAAAACAAAGGAGGACAAGACGGCAGAGAACAACCGGAAUGAACUAUUGAAGUUCUUGAAUGCUAGUUACGAUUGA